GAGAAGUCCCCUCCCCCACCCCCUUCCUCUGGUUUCUCUCUUUUUCGGUCUCUUGUGGCCGGGGGGGGAGGGGAGGGGGGUCACCAUGGCCGAAGCGCCUCAGGUGGUGGAGAUCGACCCGGACUUCGAGCCACUGCCCCGGCCUCGGUCGUGCACUUGGCCCCUUCCCAGACCGGAGUUUAACCAGUCGACUUCGGCCACCUCCAGUCCGGCCCCCUCCGGCGGCGGCGGCGGCGGCGGCGGCGGCGGGGCAGGGAAUCCCGGGGAUGCCGCGUCCGCCGCCUCGGCCGCUGUCAGCUCCGACUUCAUCAGCAAUCUGAGCCUCCUGGAGGAGAGCGAGGACUUCGAGCAGCCCUCGGGUCCCGUGGCGGCGGCUGCGGCGGCCGUGGCGGCGGCUGCGGCGGCAGCGGCGGCGGCGGCGGCGGCGGCGGCCGCGGGAGGACUGUGUACGGACUUCCAGUGUCCGGAGACCACCUGCCUGCAGCAGCAGCAGCAGCCCGGGCCCCUCCAGCAGCACCCGCCCGUGCCCCCGGCCUCGGCGGGGCCCCUGGCCGGCCAGCCCCGCAAGAGCAGCUCGUCCCGCCGCAACGCCUGGGGCAACCUGUCCUACGCCGACCUGAUCACCAAGGCCAUCGAGAGCUCGGCCGAGAAGCGGCUCACCCUGUCCCAGAUCUACGAGUGGAUGGUGAAGAGCGUCCCCUACUUCAAGGAUAAGGGGGACAGCAACAGCUCUGCUGGCUGGAAGAAUUCAAUUCGUCACAAUCUGUCCCUGCAUAGCAAGUUUAUCCGAGUGCAGAAUGAAGGAACUGGGAAAAGCUCCUGGUGGAUGCUUAAUCCAGAGGGAGGAAAGAGUGGGAAAUCUCCCAGGAGAAGAGCAGCCUCCAUGGAUAACAACAGCAAAUUUGCUAAAAGCCGAGGCCGAGCGGCAAAGAAGAAAGCAUCUCUCCAGUCUGGUCAGGAAGGUAGUGGUGACAGCCCUGGACCACAGUUUCCAAAGUGGCCUGCAAGUCCUGGUUCUCACAGCAACGAUGACUUCGAUAACUGGAGUACAUUUCGCCCUCGAACUAGCUCAAAUGCUAGUACUAUAAGUGGGAGACUUUCUCCCAUCAUGACUGAACAGGAUGAUCUUGGUGAUGGGGAUGUACACUCAAUGGUCUACCCUUCAUCAACCACUAAGAUGGCUUCUACUUUGCCUAGUCUAUCAGAGAUAAGCAAUCCUGAAAACAUGGAAAACCUCUUGGAUAAUCUCAACCUGUUGUCAUCACCUACAUCAUUAACUGUAUCAACUCAGUCUUCACCUGCUACAAUGAUGCAGCAGACACCUUGCUACUCAUUUGCACCGCCUAACACGAGCAUGAAUUCACCAAGCUCCAAUUACCAAAAAUAUACUUAUGGUCAGUCCACCAUGAACCCAUUACCCCAGAUGCCUAUACAAACACUUCAAGAUAAUAAAUCGAGUUAUGGAAGUAUGAACCAAUAUAACUGUCCUGCGGGUCUCCUGAAGGAAUUGCUUACUUCUGACUCACCUCCUCAUAAUGAUAUCUUGACGCCGGUAGACACUGGUGUGGCUCAGCCCAGCAGUCGGGUAAUGAGUCAAAAUGUGAUGAUGGCCCCCAACUCGGUGAUGCCAGCCUAUGGCAACCAAGCAUCCCAUAAUAAAAUGAUGAGUCCUAAUCCCCACCCACACCCAGGACAUUCACCACAGACAUCUGCUGUCAAUGGGCGUGCUUUGCCCCACACAGUGAAUACCAUGUCUCACACUUCAGGCUUAAACCGCUUGACCCCAGUGAAACCAUUAUUGCAAGUGCCUCUGACUCAUCACAUGCAGAUGAAUGCUAUGGGCCCAUACCCUACUGUGAACAGUUGCAAUGGUUAUGGAAGGAUGGGCAUUCUCCACCAGGAGAAGCUCCCUAGUGACUUAGAUGGCAUGUUUAUUGAAGGCUUGGACUGUGACAUGGAGUCUAUCAUCCGUAACGACCUCAUGGACGGAGACACAUUAGAUUUUAACUUUGACAAUGUGUUGCCUAACCAAAGUUUUCCGCACAGUGUAAAGACAACUACACAUAGCUGGGUGUCGGGCUAAGACUUAGUGAGCAGGCUACACUUAAAAGUACUUCAGAUUUGUCUGACAGCAGGAACUGAGAAAAGCAGUCCAAAGAUGCCCUUCACCCUCGUUUUAGUUUUCUUGAUAGAAAAAAAAAAAAAACAAAACACAACACACCGCAACAAAAAGCAAAAACCCGUGUUCCUUUCUUUCCUUUCGUCAGACUUGGCAGCAAAGAUACUUUUCCUGUACAGGAUGUUUGCCCAAUGUUUGCAGGUUAUGUGCUGCUGUAGAUAAGGACUGUGCCAUUGGAGAUUUCAUUCAUUACAAUGAAGUGCCAAACUCACUACACCAUACAAUCACAGAACAGACUUUUCGGAUCAUGUAGAGUGUUGGAGUUUUGUAUAUAAGCAGUAGGUAAAGAAUUGUGUGUGUGUGUGCGCGUGUGUGUGUGUGCGUGUGUGUGUGUGUGUGUGUGUGUGUGUGUGUGUGUUCAUAUGUUCUUGUUUUUUAAGAAGAUCCAUUUGGUCCAAGGAAAAUUUAUACUCUUUUUGUAAUGCCGUGAUGGUCUCAUGUCCUAAGUAAGUCACCCUUUUUUUGUUUGUACUACCUAUGUUCCUAUGAACUGAUGACUCACAGUGAACCAAGAUCUGCACUCAACAGCUCCAGGAUGGCUUCGGACUUUAUUCAUAUUGCCACAUGAUUCAUACAACAUAGCCUGUUAGGAAUCAUCUGAGUUAAUCGAUUUAUCAACGGUUUUGAAACAAUAGAUUAAAUACCAGCUCGCACAGGUCUUUUCUAUUGUUUUUUUUUUAAUUGGAGGUGGGGUGGAUAGCACAUUGGUGCAAACAUUUAAAUGGUUCUCAUUUCCAGAUGAAUGAUUUUUAUUGCUGUUGGGACUUGAGAUAAUUUUUUUGUGGGGGGAGGGGGGAACUGUAAUGUUUUCUUAAAAAUUAGAGUCUUCUUUGUUACAUAGUCAGCUUGUAAAUUUAUGGAAUCACAGGUAUUGGGCAGCAUUCAUAAUGUUCAUUUUGUAUUUUUAACUGUAUUAGUACUAAUUUUAUACGUGCUUAACUGGUUUGUACACCUUGGGAUGCUACUUGGUGAUAUUUCCAUGACUAAUCUAAAAAGAAAUGAAGUCAUAAUUAGGAUCUUGAAUACCAAGCAUAUCUGUCCCAUUUAGGGGCUAAGAAAGUGAUGUAUAGUUAUAGACACUUGGCAUUUCAUGUUUAGGAGGAUCUAAUCUGCUAUUAUAUGUACAUUUUUAGAAACUUCAUCUGCUUCUCUUUCCAUGUUAACAAUGUGUACCACAAAGUGUUAAGUAGUCUUCGAUAGAUGCUUGUAUGAUGCUCACCUUUAUUUCCUAGAGGUCUCAUCAUGUUUUAGACCAGGACCUUCAUCUGAAAGGCCAUAGAGUCAUAGAAAUAGACCAGGAAGGGACCCCUGAGGUCCAGUGGAGUUCAGCUCUGUGAAUUUUACAAAUGAGGAACUCAAGCAAAGUGAUGUGACCAAGGUCACACAGUUGGCCAAUGUUCUGGACCCAGGGCUUUGACUCCAGAACCAACACUCUUUCCUCAGUACCACACUGCAGUCUUCUUAUUUUUGCAAACUGGAGUUUACAGAAAAAGUUAAUUUAGUAUUAGACAAAGUUUUGUCAAAUGUUUAGUUUUGAUCCCCUGCUCCAUGUUUGCCAUAUUUCAAAAGGUUGGGACUAUUGUCCUUCCUUGAAGUUUUGUUUACACACACACACACACACACACACAUGCACGCACGCACGCACACACUUUCCUCCUUUCCUUUCUUUUCCUCAGAUCACUUAGUGCACUAUGCACAUUAAUUUUGGGGUGAGGAUUUUUAAAUGGAAUAAUACUGAUUAUUGAAGACUUGGUAUUCGUAAUUCAGGUGGGUUUUAAUUACCAAUAAUACAGGUGGGUUUUAAUUACCACACUAACAUUAAAAAGAAGUUGUUUCAGAAUCUCUAAUUUAUGCCUCUUAAAGAAAAAAUAUCUUAGGACAAGUCAAGAAUUUGAAGAUUUCUUCACCAUUCCCAUCACUAUAUUUUAACAUUUUCCAAUUACCUGUAACUUGUAGGCCAAGUUAAUUGGAGCCCAAGUCCCAUUUAAUCAAUCAGUGUUUUCAAGUUAUUCUUUGAAUGUUCCAAGACAACAAAAUAAAAGACCAGGUGCACAACAGUGUUCAUUUUGGCUUGUUAGGAACACUGAUUUCUUUGCAUUUGUCUGUAUACUUAGCCCAAAUCACACUUGCUUUGUCUUGCAUGUUAAUUGCAUCUCUUUUGGCUUUUCUCAGCCUUUCAACUAUGCUUAACAGAAAUGCAGCCACUGUAGAUGAUAGACAGUCUAUAGGCCGGCUCUAUUAUAGGCCUCCCACUGUGGCAUUCACUAUCUGAGUCGCUGAUGAUCUCAAGACAUGGAAAAUCCUUCCAACCACCACAUAUGUAGCUAACUCCAUUGGUGGCCACUCUAAAAAGUGGUCUUCCCAUCUGCUGAGUACUACAAUAUUUUCAGAGUGUCUGUUUGCUUAUUUUAAAUCUUAGCUUCCCUAAUUAGUAGUCUUACUCUAUCAAAUAUAACCUGUUAAGUCAUGGUGCCAAAGUAUCUCUUAAAUUUUAUAAUUCCUUGCACCACCAUAUUACUGUUUUACCACAAUACAUACUUUCUUCCCACCAUAGUAUGAGGCAUCCCCCCCUCCCCCCAAUCCAUUCCUUUAAUUAGAGAGGCAACUAAAAUUACCUUGUGAACUUUUGACUACUAGGUAGACUGAUGUACUUUUAUUUUCUACUUUCUUGGGCCUAUGUCUUUGAAUUUCUUUUUCCCCUCACGAUCUCUUUGUGUCAGAUUUCUAAUAUUAAUCCCAUAGAACUCUGGGACACCAUGAAGUCUGAUGAAGGGCAUUUUGUCUGUUUUAAUAGCAAACAUUAUGUGACCUCUAGUAAUUUUUUUCAGUUAAGAAUACUGAAUUUCUGGAAUAAUUUAGUUUUGUCAAUUAUUGUAAAUGAUUGCUUUGUGAAAUGUGCAAAUGAUCUUACCUAUGCAGCCAUGUUUGAUUUAUUUUCUCUGGUUUGUACUGUUAUUGAAAGUAUAUUGUAUUAUAGAACUAUUCAGAUAUUUUAAAUAUAAAGAUGUAUUGUUUCCGUAAUAGAUGUAUGGAAUAUAUUUAGGUAGUUAAUGCAUUAAUUGGAAAGCUCUGCUUUAGCAAACUGACAAAAUGCUUAAGUUUAUAAGCAAAAGUUGUAACCCGAAAACUGGUAAAUGAACAGACCAUCCCUAAGAAGAGGACGGGAAAUCUAAAAUUGGACCAAUUUUCAAACCGUAUAAAAUUUGCACUUGUUAAACCACUGGAUGUAUGUUAUCAGUACUUUCUCCCUUUCCUUUCCCCUCCAUCAUCCCUUUAUUUGAAAUUCUUCCUUUCAAUUCUUCGGUUUCUUAAUUUAUAACUAAUUUUAAAUAAGGUGUAUCCUUGUGUUUUGUUGUUUUGUUUUCGUUUUGGUAAUCAUGUAUAAAUGCAGCGUGGUUUCUGCAGACAAAACACAACUUGGCAUUAAAACUGGCCUCCUACUUGAGGGUGUUCCACAGACCAGCAGUAUCACCAGGGGUAGGCAUGGAAACUCACCGGCUCAUGGCAGUGGUCACGGCCUCUGUUUCACCACUCUGGUUCAGUCACAUUGCAGACUUCAAGUUCGUACUUAGCUAUUUUCUGAGAAGUGCCUGAUGAUGAUGUACUUACAGACACAAGAACAAUCUUUGCUAUUAUUGUAUAAAGCCAUAAAUGUAUAUAAAUUA